GAAAAAUCCCGUUGCGAAAUCAAGCACGUAUGUUGUCAUUUUCGCAACGACCCGUUGUUAUAUUUUUCAACAACGGCUGUUGGUGAAUUGUGCACGAACGUGCUCAAAUUGACACCGAGACGUGGUCAACUUUCGGUACCAACAACAGCCGUGCUUAAUUUGUCCAUUUGUAAUAUUGGUAAUUGCAGCCGAUUACACACGAGUAAAAAAUGACAACGGUGGUGCAUGAUUCACACACGGUCGUUGUCAAUAUGACACCGGUCGUGUAUGAAUUAUGCACCACCACCUGCAUAAUGAUGCACCACCGUUGUUACUUUGUACACCGACGUGCAUGAAUCGUACACGAUCGUUGCCAUUUUAGCAACUACCGUGUAUGAAUCAUGCACCACCGUUGUCAUUUUUUUUACUCGUGUGCAAUCGGCUGCAUAUUUACCAUUUUUUCCGUGUUAUUGAAAGAGAAAGGACGCAUUGUGCAAAAAAUUUAUUGAAAAUGAAUAAUAAUUCGCAAGAUCCUCAAAAUAUCAUUGGUGAGUUGUUAGAAAUCGAUGGCAAUAUUGUUGUGGUUCGCGAUACAAACCAUUGCAGCAGUCAAGAUGCGGAAAACAAUGAGGACGAUUAUAUGUUAAGGGAGUUCUUAAAAGGAAUAAAUAUGGAGUCGCUUUUUGAACAAUUAAAAGCAUCACAUGUAACAUUUCGCAGCUUGCAGUACUUGAAAAAAGAAGAUUUAAAGGAAGCAGUGCCACCAUUGGGACUGCGUGUUGAAUUCAGAGAAAAGCUCUUUGCUUGGAAAAAACGAAAGCUCGGGAUUGAUGACGAAACUAUGUCAGUUCCAUCUAAAAUAGGUGAAUGGUGGAAACGCAACGAGACACCUGCAAGUACUCCUGGUACUCCCGACACUACAGGUUCGAACUGCUCAAAAGCCAAAGGAAUUUUGUCAGAGGAUCUAACGGAAUUGUUAACACAUACCUCGAAGGGGAAACUAGCGCUUGAAUGUAGUAGCGUUAAUAAGAAAUUAAGUGACGAGCAAAGAGAUGAUAUAAUUAAUAUAAUUAUUGAAGAUAUUUUAACCAACAAUGUUACUCUUUACACUCAAGACUAUAUGCGCAUAUUGGAUGAAAUUUGUUCCGUUUUUCCUCUUGAAAACGAAAUGAGGGAUUAUUAUUACAUUUCAAGAAAAGGAAAGAACAACGCAAGCGGAAAACUUUAUGCCAAGUAUAGAAACAAGAAGUCCAAAAGAAUAAAGCUUUUGAUUUCCGAGCCUAGCACAAGCAAAGCAGCAACUCACACAUCUCCUAAUUUUUGUAACAAAGAUGUUCCCGAAAUUGAUGAAUCAGUUGAAAAUUCAUUGAAAGCUUCCUUACUAAGAGAAUGUAAUGAUUGGGGAUCGAUCUGCGAAAAAUGGAAAAGAUCUUUUAACAUACGGCAAAGAGAUAUAAAAAAUUUAAGUAGCCAUACAUUUCUCCUUGAAUGGACGAAGUUGUCCGAUGCAAGAGCUUCAGAAUUGGUCAACAUUGAUUUCGAUAUUAUGUAUCCACAGAAAGGCAAUCUUCUACUUUCUAAAUGGGACCAAUUUAAGAAAAAAAUUUACAAUUAUUAUGGGAAAAAUAUUCAUAACGAACAUUGCAAACAACUCUUCGCAAAUGUUUUGACGGCAAGCAGCAUAGGUAAAUUUUAAUUCCUGAUUUAUCAUAAACAUUAAAAGUAA